CUCAGCGCGUUGCAAGUUUCAUAAAAUGAUGCCAAUUCUUGUUUUUCCGGCUGUCCCACGAUUCUUCAAGUUGGGAUUCGCCUUAGAUUAUAUCUAUUUUGGAAUUUGUGGUCUUCUGACUUUGCUUGGCCUGCACAAUAUCCACACCUCUGAAACCACUUUUCCGGCUUCUUCUGCCUCUGCUCGCAGGAUCAAAGAAACUUUGUCUGUUUUGGCAUUCAGAGAUUUAACGGUGACAGAGGUGGAUGAUUCAUGCGCUGUUUGCUUGGGCUCAUUUGAGGAAGACGAUGAAAUUCGAAAGCUCUGCAAUUGCCGUCAUAUAUUUCACAGAGAGUGCCUUGACAAAUGGACAGAUUACUAUAAGGAAACGUGCCCACUCUGCAGAUCAGAUCUUCUUCCGAAAAGCGAAAGAAAUGACGAUACACAAGCAGACAAUGUGGAGCCAUGGUCCUGAUUCCUCCAUCAUUUACUUUGUAAUAGAAAAUCUCAGUGCCCAAAUAUUAGGCAGAGAUUUUCCUUUAGAAUUCAACUGUGUAUUUUUAUAUCGGCAUUUCAAAUCGCAGCCAAUAAUCUAUUGAUCGAAACUAAUAUGUUAGACUCGAUACAAGGUCCAUAUUUUCUGGGAUAUGAAAGUUUUAGAUAACAGUAAAUAGAUUCAAAGCCUUCAACUGGUAAAUGAACUGUAUAAUCUUA